AUGGCAGAGUCGGAGUCAGAUUAUCCAGAUUUUACGACAUUGCCUGAUACGAUCGUGACGAAGAUCUUCUCCAAACUGAACUUGACCGAUAAGGCACGGGCGGCUCGCGUAUGUCAGAAAUGGGCGGAGGUUUUCAACCAUCCCGUCAUUUGGGACGAGGCUGAAAUUGUUGUCCGUGCAGCAGAAGACGAAGAAGAAGCAAAUAUUCUGUUUUCCUCAAACUCGUUGGAUUACCAGAAAACGAUGUUAGAUCGUUACGGAUCGUACAUGCGUGAUUUAACCGUAUCGGCGAUCUAUCUCCGAACUGAAUUCUGCGCAAUGGAUUCGGCAUGUCUGGGCGUAAUAUAUAGGCAAUGUAGAGAGCUGGACUCUUUAACCAUCGGGGUGUACGGGGCGCAUCAAAUUAUCAAGGUUGUUAAGUUUAUUCUGCGCCCUAUCACCACACUCCGAGGGCUGAUUCCCAUUCAUGCAAUCGUACUACAAAUGAGGAAACUGCGAAAAUUUCACAUGAAGUCCUGGCCUCAUAAAGACCCAAACGGUAACACCAUCCUGACAACCGUUGCCAUGAACGACAGAAUCAUUGAUAUUGAAGAUCUCAACAUUUAUUGGGACCUUCCCCAUGGCAACGACGAAUGGGCUGUUAAGAUUUUAGAGAUGCCGGAGGAAAGUGAAGUCACUGUUUGUUUAAAUAAAUUCAAGUGGCUCACGACGUUCUCCGUACAGUUAUGCAUAUUGACGGAUGCUGUACUGGCAGAAUUCGCAAAACCGCGAAGUAGGAAACUCGAAAGACUGAACAUCCUCGUAGCUUACCAGAAGGGACCCGGGGAGUUCGAAACAAGUCCCAUCAAAAAUGCCACUUGGAAAGCAGUGCGACAGAAUAACCCCCACUUGAAGGUCGUCAUGACAUUAGCUAAUAUUAUAAGGCAGCAAGACGUACUGGCGAUAUUUCAGCCUUACAUGCCGCUACAAGCGAUCAUUUUCAUGAGAUUUUCACGCUCUAUUCCAAUAAUAAUCGAAUCACUGACGUCAUAUUACCCAGAAAGCUUAGAGAGUUAUAGAGAUAUAUCCGAUAGUUUCGGAAUCGAUGAGGAUCUCAUUCGGAUGGUCAACAAAUGCACCAAUCUCACGUGCCUUGUCCAUUACGGCCACAUUCACUACGACACGGUCGUGACCAUUGGCGAGAUUGCAGGUCAAAGGUUACGACACCUAGACGUCAUGGACAGUAAAAUAUCCACAAUAAGCGAAGAGGACGCAUCAGAAAUCGAAACUUUGAUUACCCAGAAUGCAGAGGGAGAGUACGUACUGGAACAACAAGAGAGAAACAAACGAAUUCGCCGGAUGGAACAGAGGAGGGCGUCAGAUGUCGACGAUCUUUGCGAGAGGAUGUCAAAGGUUUUCCGAAAACAGUGGAAACCGCAUGUUGCCAAGCCCGACGAGUAUUUUACUGUGUAG